AUGGGUUCUCGUGUCUCUAAACAGGUAGAACGGCGAAAGGCGAUUUCGACGGAGAAGAAAACUCUAUGUGAUCUUCACCAAAACUGUGGUGAGGAGUUUCCAGGCUGUGACUACAAGCCUUCAGACAGGAAAAACUGGAUGGCUGGCAUCAACCCUGAGAAAGUUCAUAUAAACAAGAUCGUAUGGCCAGGAACACAUGACUCUGCAACCAACAAGAUUGGAUUUCCAGCCAUCACUAGGCCUUUUGCUCAAUGCCAAUCUUUGUCCAUCUACCAGCAGCUUGUGAAAGGCACCAGGGUUCUUGAUAUUCGAAUUCAGGAGGAUCGCCGCGUCUGCCACGGGAUUCUCCUCACUUACAGCAUAGAUGUUGUGAUCAAUGAUGUCAAGAAGUUUCUAUCCGAAACACAGUCUGAGAUCAUAAUCCUUGAAAUCAGGACUGAGUUUGGACAUGAAGACCCUCCGGACUUUGACAAGUACUUGGUGGAUCAACUUGGAGAGUUUUUGAUCCAUCAGGAUGAGCAUGUCUUUAACAAGACAAUCGCGGAAUUGCUGCCAAGGAGAGUGAUAUGUGUGUGGAAGCCGAGGAAGUCACCUCAGGCCAAGGCAGGGAGCCCUCUGUGGAAUGCAGGGCACUUGAAGGAUAACUGGAUCGACACGGAUUUGCCAUCGACGAAGUUCGAAAGCAAUCUGAAGCAUUUGAGUGAGCAGCCACCAGUUUCAACAAGGAAAUUCUUUUACAGGGUAGAGAACACUGUGACACCUCAGGCUGAUAACCCGGUUUUAUGUGUGAAACCUGUGACCGGUCGGAUUCAUGGAUUCGCAAGGUUGUUCAUAACUCAGUGCUUCUCUAAAGGUGUUGCAGACAGACUGCAAAUCUUCUCCACGGAUUUUAUAGACGAAGAUUUCGUCGAUGCGUGUGUUGCAGCUACAUAUGCAAGAGUUGAAGGGAAAGCCUGA